AUAUGAAAUGUAAUUUGAUGUGAUGUGAGUUUGAUGGAAAUGGAAAUAAAUCCUACCAUACCACUCUACUCGCUCCUUGAACUGCCAAGAACAACAGAAACAACACCACAAAAUUAAAAUUAAAUACAUCGCACUCACUCACUCACUCGUUCUCUCGAUCUGCUACUGCUAGAAUUCAGAGCAAUAUGGAUUCUGUUGCCGGUACGUGUCUGUUUCCGUUACAUCGUAGCAAAACGAUUCAUCUCGUGAGACACGCUCAGGGGAUUCACAAUGUAGAAGGAGACAAAAACUACAAAGCGUACUUGAAUCCUGAAUAUUUUGAUGCUCAUCUCACUCCUCUUGGAUGGGAACAGGUUCAUAAUUUGCGUAAGCAUGUUCAUUCAUCUGGAUUGAUUAAUCAGAUUGAUCUUGUUAUUGCUUCUCCUUUGAUGAGGACUUUGCAAACAGCUGUUGGGGUAUUUGGUGGGGAGGGAUACAGUGAUGAUAAAACGGAUGUGCUGCCUCUUAUGGUGGCAAAUGCAGGAAAUAGCUUUCAUGGUGCAAUUUCAAGUCUUAAUUGCCCACCAAUUGUUGCUGGCGAACUUUGUCGUGAACAUUUGGGAGUUCAUCCCUGUGACAAGAGAAGAAGUGUCAGCGAGUAUCAGUUUCUUUUUCCUGCUGUUGAUUUUUCACUGAUAGACAGUGAUGAGGAUGUUUGGUGGAAGGAUAAUGUAAGAGAGACAAAGGAGGAACUCGCAGAAAGGGGGCUGAAGUUCUUUAACUGGUUGUGGACAAGAAAAGAGCAGGAGAUAGCGAUUGUUACACACAGUGGAUUCUUGUUUCACACUCUAACUAAGUUUGGAAAUGAUUGCCACCCCUCGGUGAAGAAAGAAAUAUGCAAACACUUUGCCAAUUGUGAGCUUCGCUCCAUGGUCAUUGUGGAUAGAAAUAUGAUAGGAUCCGAAGAAUCAACAACCAACUAUCCAGGCAAACCUUCGUGGAUGGACGAGCUUAAGGAUGAUGUUGUGGAUGAGAACGUCGAGAAGCAGGGGGUUUAGUUUUGCUACAUGUAUGUGUUUAGUGCCAUUUAAACAUUCAACUGUUGGACAUAUAAUCAUUUACUAUUUGAAGAUGACUCAUACGGAAUCUAACAUGAUGUUUUCAGAUUUUACUCACUGCUAAAGCCUUGCAGCUAACAUUUAAUGUCUGCUAGAAAUAUAUAUUGGGAGAAAUAGUUGUUGAAUCAAGUAAAUUGUGUAGGCAAAAUCCAGAUCCAAUUUUGUCCUCCGCAAAAAAGAAAACACAACUUUUAGUCUCUUGAAAAAUAAAACACAAACAAUCUAGUCUCUAUCUAAACAUCUAUCUAAAAAUUGAGUUUUUCUACGUUGAUGUUAACGUUUUAAUCUUGCAUGUCACUAUCACUCCAUUGUAUUACUUCUCUACUAUUUUGCCCAUCUAGGAUCAAGAUUGGUUGUUGUUGUUGAACUUUUACACAGUUCAACACAGUAAUGAAUCUUAGCUAUUGAUUUGAGGUCAGAAGGUCUAGAUCUACAAUCAAAUUACAGCUUAAAGUGAUCUAAGCUGUCGAUUUAAAUUGGAUGGUUGAAAAUUGUAACUGCCUGACAUAGUUACGGUAGGAAAUCUAAUUCCGCCCAUGUCUUACUUCUUUAUUUUGGCUUACUUCUUUAUUUUUUUUUUAGGAAGUGUCUUACUUCUUUAUUAUCACGCAGUUACAACCAAAGGGCAUAUAAUUUCUUUUAAUUAUGAUUAAUGAAGAAUCAAGUGAGUUGGGGACAUUUUUAUCACAAAAUUUGAAUCUAAUACAUCCCCACCCAAAAGCACUUUCCUUAUCCUCCUAAGAUUUAGAAUUAGAACCAGAUACAAACAUAUGUUUUGGCUAUAGGGGGUCUCCACAAAAUCGCAGUCGAUAAUAGCUCUGAUAGCAACUUAAUAUUUUUUUCUAUUUCUGAAAAAUGGAAAUACAUGGAACAUGUAGUACCAAAAGUUUCACGUGAACUAUCUACAUACAAGUGCAAACAAAGCUAGAGAAAAGAAAGAAGAUGCCCUGCCUCAUAAUUUUGAUUCAAGUCAACAACAUAAUGAAUCAUACUCUUUACCCUUAUCCUUCCCACUCUCUUAAUCAAUUCCACGUGGGUCCCUCUUUUACCCUACAACCAAAAUGUCCAGCUAUUCCUUUUCCACCACGACACACAAAAUGUUAUCCUCACCAUCACCAACCACAUUUUCAACCAACAAAACAUAGCAUUCACAACGCCACACCCUCUCAUUUAUCAAAACCCCAAACACUACCUUACAAAAAUCUCAAUAAACAAACAAAAGAAACACUCUACUCUACUAGGUGUAUAUUAAAAAACAUUUAAAAAUUAAUCAUGCAGAAAAACGUUACUAUUAUUUCUCUCUCUCUUUUUCGCGGGGUCUUCAUUAAAGAAGCAUAAAGCAAACACUUUUGUCAAACAACUAGUCUUCACUCUUCAAGUUCAAUGGAUACUUAUCAAUAUCCACCGUCAUAUCCAGAUUCCGGCAACUCAUCGCCGCGUUCGAGAGAAAUUGAUUUCGAUAAUCCCUCCUCAUGGGAGGAGCAACAGAAUUACAAAGCAAAGUUCAUGUGUAGUUACGGUGGAAAGAUCCAACCACGCAGCCACGACAAUCAACUUUCUUAUAUCGGGGGCGACACCAAAAUACUAGCCGUCGAUCGUAACAUCAAGUUUCAAGCCUUUCUCUCGAAGCUAUCCACUCUCUGCGACGCAAUUCAACAAGAUGUAACGUUCAAGUACCAACUUCCCGGUGAAGAACUCGAUGCUCUUAUCUCCGUUACAACUGAAGAUGAUCUUGAACAUAUGAUGCAUGAGUACGAUCGUCUCUAUCGUCCUUCUUCAAAACCGGUUAGAAUGAGGCUUUUCAUAUUCAUUUCUCCGAAUUCGGGUUUGGUUUCGGUUUCUCAACCCGAUCCACUUAAACCUCAUUCCAACGCUGAUUUUCUCUUUGGUACUCUUGAUAACAAAACCAUAGCUCCACCGUCUCAUCCUCCUUCAUAUGCUGCUGCUGUGAAAUAUCAUGAUCCUGUGGCGGAUCUUGUUGCUCCGGUAACUGAGUAUCCGCCACGUGGAGUUGUUGAUGAGAGUGUUGAGAUUCAGAGGCAGUUACAGCGUUUGCAGGUUUCUGAGACUGAGCAGCAGAAUUUGUAUCGGAGAAGUGUAGAUGGAUUCACCGGAGGUUUUGCUGCUGCUGCUGCUACCGUUGCUCCUGGAGGUGAAUAUUACAUGCAGAAGAUGCCGGAGAAAGUUGCGUCGACGAAUUCUCCAACUGCUGUUCAUCAUCCUGCAGGUUACUGGCCGGAAAAGCAAUUUUCCGGCGAAGGUUUUCCGAUGCCGGGGAUAAAUACUUCCGGUGGUGGGGAUCAGCAUGUUUACAUGAUGCAGCCACCGCCGGGGACAUUCUACCACGCACCUCAGAUGAUGCGUCCACCGACAGCGCAGGUGAGUCAGGGGUAUUACGCUGUGCAGCGAAUGUCUACUGAUGGAUACCGGGAACAGCCGGUAUAUGGCGGCGUUCCGCCUCAGAGCGUGGCGUUUUCGUCUGCGGGUCAGGGGAGUUUGGCACCGGCUCAGCCGGUCAAACCUUCUGCUUAUGCAGAAGGAUAUGGCUUAGUUAGGCCAGCUGGUGUAGCGGAUAAUGCGGGCAGUGGUGGAUAUGCGCAAGUGGCGUAUGAUAGUGCAAGUGGGAGACAUGUUUAUUAUACUGCACCUGGAGGUGUGGUACAUGCGCCGCAGUAUCAAGGGGUUACUCCGGUAUUCAGCAAUGAUAUGAGAACGGCUGCAGUUCCUGUGGGCCAGGAUCCUAAAGUGGUAAACAAAAGUUCACAAGGAUCUGUGUGAUUAUUGUUGCUGUGAUUAAUUAUGUUAAUUUUGAAAUACUAAUAUGCCAAUAAAUGUUGUUUUUCUUA